AAAAUGAUUUUGUACAAAAAAGUGUGUACAAAUACUUUCUUUUAGAACUAAGGUGAUUGAAAGUCAAAUUUGUCUAGUAAAACUUGUCUUCUUUUCAAAGCUGUGAAGUGUGCGAUGUGAUGAAUGCCGGCUAUGAUGAAUGAUGUUCAUUUGUUGCGAUGAAUGUUGGCGAUGAUGCCCAAGACCUUCUAGAAAAAUACAAGUAUGAGAGUCAUAAUUGUUUUUGCACACCAGCAGGUGACAAGCUUUAUGAGGUAGAAUAUUUUGAUAGAAGCUAUGUGGUCAACUUGAAUGAAAGAAGUUGCACAUGUAGAAUGUGGGAUUUAAAUGGUAUCCCCUGCAAACAUGGAGUGUCUACUAUUUAUGCCAAUAGAGAAAAACCUGAGGAGUAUGUCAGUCCUUAUUACUAAAAAGAAACCUACCUGGCUGUGUAUAACCAUAUGAUCCACCCUGUCCCUAGUAAAGAAGAGUGGGAAACCACUGACUACCUUGACAUCAAGGCACCCAUUCCAAGAAAGCCAGCUGGUAGACCAAAGAAAAAGAGAAUUAGAGCUCCUGAAGAAACAAGGAAUCCAUAUAAGGUUUCUAGGUCUGGGAAACAGGUUGUUUGUGGUAAUUGUAAGCAGGUGGGCCAUAAUGUAAGAGGAUGUAAGACAUCCCUUACACGAGAAACCCCAUGGCAGAGAAGAAUGAGGCUAAGAAAACAAAAGUCUUCCACAGGAGGAGGCCAAGAACCUGAUGCUCAUGAAGUUGAAAAUGCAGAUUCUCAUGUCAACACUCAGGUUGUGCGGACCACCAGUGAAUCAGUCCCCAUUGCUUCCACUCCAAAUGCAACAAGUUCAAGAAAAAGAAGAAAUACUUCUAGUUCUCAACCACAACAAACUUCAUCAAGAAGAAUUACCAGAUCUUGCAGUUCACAACCACCACAGUCCCUGGACAAACAUUGUUGAACAUGGGGGUGCUUCAAUUUGAAUAGAUGUCAUAUAAUUGCUGAGAAGAUGUCUGGGCUUAAUGUUAUUGUGAUGUAAUUGUAAUUGUAACUGUGAUGAAUGUAGCAGACAAUUUGUAAUGUUAGUUGGAUUGGUUUUUGCAGUUAUUUUGCUAAAAUGUAAUGUGUACUAUGUAUUGGAUGGAUUUUAGCAAUGAAUUUAUGGUCUGUGUGGGCACACAUUGCUUUGGUUUAUCUUAAAAGGCAGGAACUGUGUACUUGUUGUUUUGGAUGGAAUCAAAUGAGUAUGGG